AUGAUGGUGGUUUUCGGCGAGAUAGUAGUGCCCGAAGGUGACUGGCAAUGGUCGACGAUAGCCGGCGGCGGUGGUACUAUAGAUGGGAAGAGAAGAGAGGAGAAGAGGAGAGAGAGAGAGAAUAGUUGGGUGAGUAUGGUCGAAGAAGGAACGCACUUGAACAGAGAAAUGGUUGAGAUUUUCCCUAACAGUUCCAAAUCAGAGAACCAGUAA